GGUUUCCUUUGAAGCAUUCCAACGGCAAUACCUGUCCCUUUCCCUUCCAUUUUUUUUUCCCUUCUUUUUGCAUUACAAUGGGGGAAAGGGCGACAAUAUCAAACUCUCACCCACAUAUGGAUUGAUAUUGAAUUAUUAUAUUAGACAGACUGCUUCGACCCCGUUAAAAACGUAACCAGACUCGUUCUUCGUCUCCUCCCAUCCUGUCUUUUUCUCCUCCUCUGUCAUCCGUUCAUGGAUAUCUUUUCCUACGUUUUAUUUAAUCGGUUUGCCUUCCCUCCCAACGGUCAACAUUGGUUUAUAUUUUUUCAGGUUAAUUUCGUUGAAGUUUCUCUUCUUUGAUAAUAUAUGCCCUAGACGUGCGUAACUGAUUUAAAUGAGCUUUUUCUGGGGAUUUCUUGGGUAGCCAAGGGAGCUACAUUAUAUAGUGUUCUGUUUGUGUUGACGAAGGUCAUUUUCUUAUUGGAUUGAAGAAUUGUAAAAUGUGUAUGUGAUAUACUGCUCUUGAUAGUUGGAGUAAAUGUUGAAGAGUGCAUUGGUAUUGGAUUCAACAAGAGUUGGAGUUGGUGGUUGAUUAGGAAAUUGGUUUUAGUAGUUCCAGAUGGGAAAUCUCUGUGUUGGAUCAAUGGCUUCAAAAGAGGGACUUCUUCAAUCAUUCUCUAACUCGAUAUGGUGGUCGAAAACAAUUGCUUCUGGCAACAAGGAACCUAAAAGUGAACCACUCUCGAUGAGUAACGAGAGCAAAGAGCAGAAACCUCCUUUACCUCCACACAAGCCCCCAGAACAGAUGAAGAUUGUUAAGGAAGAGACUAAAGUGGUACCAGAGCCCGCAAAACCCAAGGAAGAACCCAAACCGGUGCAGCCAGAGCCAGUUAGGCAUAUUGAAGAUGCUAAACCUACACAACCAACAAGACGCAAGGAAGAAAGUAAACCAGAAGAGCCUAAGAAGCCAAGAAAGCCACAUAAUGUAAAGAGGCUAGCGAGUGCAGGGCUCCGGGCUGAGUCAGUGUUACAAACAAAAACCGGUCAUUUGAAGGAAUACUACAACCUGGGACGGAAGCUUGGACAUGGUCAGUUUGGUACAACUUUUCUUUGUGUGGAGAAAGGGACUGGAAAAGAGUAUGCUUGCAAGUCCAUUGCAAAAAGGAAAUUGCUUACCGAAGAUGAUGUGGAGGAUGUGAGGAGAGAAAUUCAGAUAAUGCAUCACUUGUCUGGGCAUGCCAAUGUUAUCUCAAUCAAAGGGGCUUACGAGGAUGCUGUAGCCGUUCAUGUUGUAAUGGAAUUGUGCACUGGGGGUGAGCUUUUUGAUAGGAUUAUUAAGAAAGGGCAUUAUACAGAAAGACAGGCAGCUCAACUUGCCAGGACAAUAGUUGAAGUUAUAGAAACCUGUCAUUCUUUGGGAGUCAUGCAUCGCGAUCUUAAGCCUGAGAAUUUUCUUUUCGUUAAUGAGGAGGAAAAUUCACCUCUAAAGGCGAUAGAUUUUGGAUUAUCGAUAUUUUUCAAGCCAAGGCAAAUUUUGAGUGAUGUGGUUGGAAGCCCAUAUUAUGUGGCACCCGAAGUUCUGUUGAAGUGUUAUGGUCCGCAAGCAGAUGUUUGGAGUGCUGGAGUGAUGAUUUACAUCCUUUUAAGUGGGGUGCCUCCGUUUUGGGCUGAAACCGAGGAAGAUAUAUUCGAUGAGGUAUUGCAUGGUGAUCUGGACUUCUCAUCUGAUCCAUGGCCUAAUAUUUCUGAUAGUGCAAAAGAUUUAGUGAGAAGGAUGCUAGUUAGGGACCCCAAAAGCCGGAUAACUGCUCAUCAAGUCUUGUGCCACCCUUGGGUUCAAACUGAUGGAGUGGCACCAGACAAGCCUCUUGAUUCUGCAGUCUUAAGUCGCUUGAAGCAGUUUUCUGCAAUGAAUAAGCUCAUGAAAAUGGCUCUCAGAGUCAUUGCGCAUACUCUCUCCGAAGAAGAAAUUGCAGGGUUGAAAGAAAUGUUUAAGAUGAUAGACACUGACAACAGUGGUCAAAUUACUUUCGAAGAACUAAAAGUGGGACUCAAAAGAUUUGGCGCUAAUCUUACUGAAUUGGAGAUUUAUAAUCUAAUGCAGGCUGUGAGUAUCAUUCUAGAAUUCUGUAUUAUAUUAGCUCAAGCAGCUACAGCCUUCUCAUAUAUGUUUCCAUUGGUUUUGAAACUUCAGGCUGAUGUUGACAAUAGUGGUACAAUUGAUUACGAUGAGUUCAUAGCCGCGACAUUGCAUCUAAACAAAAUUGAAAGGGAAGAUAAUCUAUAUGCAGCCUUCUCGUAUUUUGACAAAGAUGGCAGUGGCUAUAUCACUCUGGACGAGCUUCAAAAAGCCUGUGAUGAAUUUGGCAUGGAGGAUGUUCACUUAGAAGAAAUGAUCAAGGAAGCAGAUCAAGAUAAUGAUGGGCAGAUAGACUAUAACGAGUUUGUGGCGAUGAUGCAAAAGGGCAAUGGCGCAAAGGGUAAGAAUGGUGUUCAGGGUAGAAGUGUUAGCAUUGGAUUUAGGGAGGCACUACCAGUUUGUUGAUACAGAAAGCUUUUAUUUUCCCAAUUUUUUUAGUUAGUUAAUGUCACACUUUGCGACUCUUGAAGGCUUAAGGAUCAUCAGUUUCUGCUAAGAAUAUAGUCUUUUUCCUUGAAUGUCUGUCUAUAUGUUGAAGUUGGUCCCAGAACAGAUUGCAAUAGACUAAUUUAUGGUA